UGCACUCAUAGCUGAACCAAGCCCGGCUGUUUUUAUGUUUUUCUUUUGUCGUUAAAUCCAUUCUUUAAAGGGAGGUGGUUGGAUCGGUUCCCUCUGCUGCCACGGAAACUUCCUGCUCAAACCAUAAGCUCCUGCUGACUGUCUUUUGUUUUUUUUUUAAGAGGAAAGAAGCAACGGGGGGAGAUUUGGGAGACUUGAGUUUGGCUGUUGGGAUGUGAGAAGAGAGAGAAAAAAAGAGAGAGAUGCUCCAUCAGCAUCUCUGAAUCCCCCUCCUCUCCCUUCUACUUGUACCCCCCUACCACCUUCUGUCUAGCCGAUGCUCUCCUUAUUUCAAUAACACGCUCCUUCAGUUGACACAGGCGUUUUUUGGGGACUCUCUGCAGCCAGGAAUCAUGUCACAGACUAGAAGAAGCACAUAUAGCCGGACCACCAGCAGUGGCAGCAGCAGGAUGAGCUCUGAUGGAGGAGGGAGGCCCGCUAAAGUGGGCUCCCUGGUGGAGGUUAUCGGCAAGGGGCAGCGGGGCACGGUGGCCUACAUCGGAACCACGCUGUUCGCCUCCGGAAAGUGGGUGGGCGUCAUCCUGGAUGAACCCAAGGGCAAGAAUGACGGAACGGUGCAGGGCAAGCGGUACUUUACUUGUGAGGAGAACCACGGCAUCUUCGUCAGACAAUCACAGAUCCAGUUGGUGGACGAUGGAGCGGACACAUCUCCAGAGACACCUGAGCCAACCGUUGGCAAGGUCCCCAAACGAGAGAUCGUGGAGAUGUCCAAGUCUGCCAAACUGCGAGGACUGAAGCCCAGAAAGGUGCUGCAUGUUUCCCUAAACUCGACCCCUACAACCCGGAAGACCACGGCCAGAAGGCCCAAGCAACCCAGCCGGCCUGCAGGUGGCGGUGGGAAGGGGGCCGCAUCCGGCUCAGCAUCGGCGUCCGCUGGCGAGAUGAGCAGCAGCGAGCCCAGCACGCCAGCUCAGACGCCUCUGGCAGCUCCGGUCAUCCCUACCCUCCACUCACCAGGGAACCCGCCGCCUCCCGUUCCCAGCAAGGAGGAGGAGGCCCUGCGUGCUCAGGUGAAGGAUCUGGACGAGAAGCUUGAGACGCUGAAGAUGAAACGAACAGAGGACAAAGCCAAACUAAAGGAGCUGGAGAAGCACAAGAUCCAGCUGGAGCAGCUGCAGGAGUGGAAGACCAAGAUGCAGGAGCAGCAGGCAGAGCUGCAGAAGCAGCUCAAGGAGGCAAAAAGGGAGGCUAAAGAAGCCAUGGAGGCAAAGGAGCGGUACAUGGAGGAGAUGUCGGACACGGCCGACGCCAUCGAGAUGGCGACUCUGGAUAAGGAGAUGGCAGAGGAGCGAGCCGAGUCCUUGCAGCUGGAGGUCGACUCCCUGAAGGAGAGAGUGGAGGAGCUCACCAUGGACCUGGAGAUCCUCAAGCAUGAGAUUGAAGAAAAAGGUUCAGACGGCGCUGCCUCCAGUUAUCAUGUGAAACAGCUGGAAGAGCAGAACGGCCGGCUAAAGGAAGCUUUGGUCCGGAUGCGAGACCUGUCUGCAUCAGAGAAGCAGGAACAUGUAAAGCUGCAGAAGCAGAUGGAGAAAAAAAACAUGGAGCUUGAUUCUCUGAGGGGGCAGAAGGAAAAACUGCAGGAAGAGAUGACAGCAGCAGAGAAGACUAUUGAUGAGCUGAAGGAACAGGUGGAUGCAGCUUUGGGGGCGGAGGAGAUGGUGGAGACUCUGACAGAGAGAAACCUGGAUCUGGAGGAGAAAGUCCGAGAGCUGAGAGAGACGGUCACAGACCUGGAAGCUAUAAAUGAGAUGAACGAUGAGCUGCAGGAGAACGCUAGAGAAACAGAGCUGGAGCUCAGAGAGAUGCUGGACCUGGGCGCAGCCAGAGUCCGUGAGGCUGAGAAACGAGUCGAGGCGGCGCAGGAGACUGUGGCAGAUUACGAGCAGACCAUCAAGAAGUACAGAGAGCUGACAGCUCACCUGCAGGAGGUGAACAGAGAGCUUACCAGCCAACAGGAGGCCUCAGCAGAGCUUCAGCAGCAGCCGCCAGCAGAAAUGUUUGAUUUCAAGAUUAAGUUCGCAGAAACAAAAGCUUAUGCCAAGGCCAUUGAGAUGGAGCUGAGGAAGAUGGAGGUGGCUCAGGCCAACAGGCACGUGUCUCUUCUGACUUCCUUUAUGCCUGAAUCCUUCCUUCGUCAUGGUGGAGACCAUGACUGCAUCCUGGUCCUGCUGCUCAUCCCAAGACUCAUCCACAAGGCUGAGCUGAUAAGCAAACAGGCGCAGGAGAAGUUUGACCUGAAUGAAAACUGUGUGGAGCGAGUCGGCCUGAAGGGAGCAGUCGGUGAGCAGCUGAGCUUCGCCGGCGGCCUCGUCUACUCCCUCAGUCUGCUGCAAGCUACUCUCCACAAAUAUGAACAAGCUUUGUCUCAGUGCAGUGUAGAUGUCUACAAGAAGGUGGGCUCUCUGUACCCGGAGAUGAGCGUUCAUGAACGAUCUCUGGAUUCCCUCAUCGACCUUCUGCACAAAGACCAGCUGGACGAGACGGUCAAUGUGGAACCACUCACCAAGGCCAUCAAAUACUAUCAGCAUCUGUACAGCAUCCAUCUGGCAGAUCAGAAUGAGGAGUGCACUAUGCAGCUGGCUGAUCACAUCAGAUUUACCCAGAGUGCCUUGGACUGCAUGGCGGUAGAGGUUGGUCGGCUGCGGGCGUUCCUGCAUGCAGGUCAGGAGAAGGCCGACCUCGCCGUGCUGCUGAAGGACUUGGAGACAUCCUGCAGCGACAUCAGGCAGUUCUGUAAGAAGAUUCGCCGCAGAAUGCCCGGAACAGAUGCACCCGGUAUCCCUGCCGCGCUUAACUUUGGACAACAGGUGUCCGACACACUCUCCGACUGCAGGAAACACCUGACAUGGGUGGUUGCAGUGCUGCAGGAAGUAGCUGCCGCUGGAGCUCAGAUGAUGUCUCCUCUUAGCGAACAGGAUGGCCUGGCAGCAGUUAAACUGGAGGAUGUGGCGUUCAAGGCUGCAGAACAGAUCUAUGGAUCUCAGGGUGCUAAUCCCUACGAGUGUCUGCGACAAUCCUGUAGCAUUGUCAUAGCAACCAUGAAUAAAAUGGCUACUGCCAUGCAGGAGGGAGAAUAUGACUCAGACAAGCCCCAAAGCAAGAACCCCCCACCCGUGGAUGUACGUGCUGGAGCACUUCGAGCAGAAAUCACAGAUGCAGAAGGUCUGGGCUUGAAGCUGGAGGACAGAGAGACGGUUAUUAAAGAGCUAAAGAAGUCUCUAAAGAUCAAGGGAGAAGAGCUGAGUGAGGCAAACAUCCGUCUCAGCCUGCUGGAAAAGAAGCUGGACAGCUCGUCCAAAGACGCAGACGAACGCGUGGAGAAGAUCCAGACUCGUCUGGACGAGGCGCAGACACUGCUGAAGAAGAAGGAGAAGGAGUUUGAGGAGACCAUGGAUGCUCUGCAGGCGGACAUCGACCAGCUCGAGUCCGAGAAGAUGGAACUGAAGCAGCGAAUCAGCAGUCAGUCAAAGAUGAGCUCUGACGGACUGAGGGGGAGCGGCCCGUCUGGAAUCGCUUCGAUUGUCUCAGGAAUAUCUGGAGAAGAACAAAAAGCCAACAUGAUGGCAGGAGUCGGCUCCGGUUCCGGCGCUCAGGUGAUCGACUCUCCUCUGUUGACGAAGCAAAUUGAAGCUCAGAGGCUCUGCAUCAAACACCUGAAGAACGAGAACAACAGGCUGAAGGCUGAGAAGAUGCGUACUCAGCUCGCCUCUCUGCCGUCGCUCAACGUGACCAAACUUCCUUCCAAGGAAGGACGACCUGAAGUGCUCUCUAGUGCCCUCUACCGCAAGACCGACCAGCUCCUGGAGACCUUGCUCCAGAUGAGUGCAAAUGUCAAGGUGGUGGAUAUCACUGGGAAGUCGCCAGUGACCCCUAGUGCUCAGCUCCUGGAACAGACAGCACGUCUUCAGUCCCUGAGAGAGACUCUGGACAAACUGAAGGGUGAGGUAGCAGAGCAUGUCGUCAACCUGCAGCCUGGAGCUAGAGUCUCAUCAGACUUUGCAACGUUCCCUUCAACCUCCUUUGUUAAGGCAACCGAAGAGAAACACUCGGACACAGUGUUGGUCGGUCGAGUUAUGGUGCCGUGUCCUCGGGGUCAGGAGCGGGUCCACCGUCUGGUUCUAUCCCAAUCCCAGCUGCAGAGAGUCCACAGUCUCCUGCAGACCUAGAUGUUGCUUUUUGUGGCACCAUAAAUGGCUAAACAAGUAAAAUCAAGAGGGAUUUAAAGCAUCAAAUGGAAGAUAUGCUAGCAGCUCUGUAGUUAAGAUCUCAGCACACCUGCAGUUUAUUUCUGUAAAGAUAUCAGGCUUCCGUUUCACGAUGCAUGUUUACUGAACCUCUGUUUCAGUCACCGUAGUAACAGUCUCCCCAGAGAUAACCUGGUUGGGAGCAGGUUUUUUUCCCAGUAAAUUUAGAGUGUCCUCAGUCUCUGCUCUCCUUAAAACCAAUCGCAUUGUUUAUUUCCAAGUUUAAUCAGAUUUUUUGGGGAUUUUUGUGCAUAAAGAAAGUAACUCACUACAGUAGGUCCGUUAGACACAUUAGGUUUUAAAAACAAACAUUGCAUAUUCGUUUGACGAGAAUCUUAUUAAAGAAUAAUUAGCACCUUUUUACAGUGAAUGAAUAUUUAUGGGGAGAGGAUUCUACAGCUCAGUUGACACAAAAUGAGAUUUAUUUAUUUUUAUUUAUUUAUUUAUUUUACAGUACAUGAAGAACUACUGAAAUAAUUUUCAGGUUACACAUAAAUGGAUAAUUCAGUGGGGUGAAAAGGAAUUAAGGGUUAGGAUUAGGAUUCACUUGAUGAUAACAACCCAAUGAGCCUACUGGCACAAUCAGAAGCCAUUCUAUGGGACUGAUAGCCGCUAAUUACGACCAUUUAUUGGGAUGAUAACAUCCGAAGCAGCUGACACAGACACUUGCUGUGUAAUGUAAAACAGAAUCAAACUUAAGAACCCCAUGCUGUCCAGAUGAUUUCACCUAAAUAGAUACAUUGAUCUACUACCAUUCAAGAAAUAAACCUGUAAUAUUGUCGCAGUUACAGCAGACUGUGGCAAGCCGUUCUGAUAUAUAUUAGUUUUACUGAAUAUGCAUUCCUAAUAUCUGAAAAAAAAAAUGUUUUCCUUGUCAAAAUGACCUUUAUAAACAAAUUGACAUUCUCCACAUCUACAAUAUACAUUCUAGAUGUCUAGAAAAUAACUUCAGAUCUACAUAUUACUGUUGUUACAGGACAUCCUUUAUAUGAUUUUGACUAUGAAGAAAUAUGUUUCAGAUACCAUGAAUACAUAUUGAGUCAAGCUGAUAAAUGUCAAAACCGCCACUUAAAAUGCGUAAACCUUUCCGGUAUGUAAAACUUAAUUCUUACCAGUAUAAUUUUGUUUCUCUACUUUCUGAAAUUCAGUUUCUGCUGCAAAAAAAUUAUUAAGAAAAUAUAUUACUACAGUUCUGUCUAGGAGUGUGAUUUUUAUCUGGAAGAAUCUUAUUGUAGUGAUCUACAAAUGGAACAACAGAGAGGAGAGUUAAUAAAUAAUAGAAGCUUUUAAUAAAUGUAUAACGGCCUGCCAUUGCCCACUUCAUACAAACCUAUAGAUUAACUCAACAAUUUUCUCCUUGUCCUUCUUCCUCUCCUUUGCAGCAGUGGUGCUGUUUAUCUGUUUUUUAAACACAUUCUCCAUUUUUUCCUUUUAAUUUCUUAUUUAUAAUCUCUAGUUCCAGUGGGAUGAAAUAGGCACUUCCUGUUGCCUUUUUAAUGGUGACUCGUUGAAAUGGCGCUCCACUGAUAAUGGCUUUUCAUACACGCGCUCAACUCUGAGUGGACCUACUUGGAGGGUAUUGAACUAAUUCAUAGCAGCCGUUGUGAAACUGAAAACUCAGAGUUCCCGACAAUAGGCUAUAUCAACUUGCUGAGUUUGUUAAACCUGCUUUGUGAAACUGACCCCAGUUCUGUUGCUUAUCUUCUGUUUUAGGUGAAGAUGAAAAAUUAUUAAACUGAGAUCUGAAAAGUUUAUUUUAAACAAUGUAUUCUUUACUGUCAGAAACCCUUGGUAGGUUUUAAUUUGUGCCCCAAAAUAAGCAUAACACUUCAUAUCUUCAGUCAAUCGCAUAAGUCACCUUCUGCUGUUAAAAACAGAUUUCAGGCCUUUUGUUAUCUUUUUUAUCGUUCAGCUCCUUUUAGAGGUCAGCCAGCUGGUUAGAAAAUAUAAAAAAAUCCAAUAAUUUUCUGCCCAAUAAUCUUCAGAAUUAAAUUUGUUUCGUAGUGAAAAUUCAAAGUUAGCCGUUUCAUUUUUUUAAAAUAAGGCAAAGUUGAAGUAGCUGUUUAAAAGGAAACUGUAAGAGCAAGAGUUUUAGCAGAGAACAGGAAGGCUGUGAGGAGCUUGUUUUAUCGUUAAGCCUAAAAUGGUCUGUCGUGCUAGAUUUGUUGGAAUCUGUCUGAAAAGAGCAGGGUACGAUCUAAAAUUGUAAAAAAAAAAAAUAAUAAUAAUUUGACCUUCCUUGUUUUCUUCUUUAUUCACUGUACAGUGAGAAUUUCAGACCCUCCAUGAUUUCUAAGUGGGAGAACUUGCAAAAUAUUUUUGUCACCGUAUAUACAUACUGCUAGAACAAAUAAUAGAAGAAAACAAGAUUGUUCUCUAUUAUUACUGUAUUACUAUUUCUAACAGUUUUUCAAUAAUCCUAGCUGCAAUCCUCAUGCUAACUGUUAUUCCAUUAUCAUGUUUGUAAAAAACGUAUUUUAUAGGAAACAAUCAAUGAAAGUUGCUUGAUCUCACCAAAGCACUUACUAUAAAUUAGUAAUUACCCACAACAGGAAAGCUUUGAGGUGAAAAAAAAAAUACUUUAUUGUUGGUCCGGCAUUUAAUUUGCACCAGCAAAUUAACCUACCAGAAAAAAAUCUGCCUCAAAUUUGCAUUGCUUUGUUUUUUCUUACCAAAAGUGUUUAAGCCUGGUUUGACUUUCAGUCAUUCUAAUGACACAAUCAUAUUUCCCUUUGGGAUAUAUAAAGUAUUUUGAACUGAACUGAUAACCUGGACUGAAUAAAGUGAUGCCUGCUGCUCAGACUCGCACCGUUACCAACCUUACUCCUGUGAUUUCUGCAGCUAAACUCACAGGAUCCUAUAAACUUUACACAGCAGGAGCAACUGUGAGGCUGUUGGUAAUCUUUUGGGGGGGUGGGUUGGAAUUGCUCUUGGCGCUUCGCUUGCCUGUAUGAAGGGAAAUUAUUAUGGGAUGUAAAAUUUAAUCUUUGUUUCAGUUUCAUCAUUUGCACGAGCCACUAAAAGAACAAAAUCCAGCACAUUAGGUUCCCCACAGACAGGUGGAGGGUUUUAUGAAUUGAUGAAAUGAGGAAAAUUUGGAUGCUGAUCAAACAAAAGAAGCUGUUUAAGUUCAGGUGGACACAGUCUGCAGCCUUAAACCUGUAGACAUCAACCUUAGUUGAUUGGAUUCAGAUAAACCUUAAUGAAGGAAAACUGUUUCUUUGCCAAAGACUGUUUUUUCUGUUCUAUUUUGUUUUUC